AUGGCUCAGUCGACCGAUCACCUCGUCGAUCAGAUCGCCCAGCUCAACGCCGCCCGAAACCUCGUCCUUGGCGAUGCUGCCUUCUACCCACAGAUCGUGAACGGUGUUCUUCCGUUAAUUGGCGCAAAUACACGCCUGGAGUUGCGACGAUGGGGAUCGGAGUUCCUGGCCGAGACGUUUGCCAGUCCCGCGUUGGCUUCGACUCAGAAGGAACAAUUGGCCCCGAACGUGCUGCAGACAUUACGAGAGAUAUUGGAAUUGCCGGAAAAGGAUCCCAUGGUUUUGAAACAUAUAGUGCAGAAUGCGGCCAGUUUGUAUCCGCUGGUGUUUAGGCAUAUUAUCAAUCACCCCGCAGAGGCAACCGCCUGGGAGAACAUGACAGCCAUCAAACAGGACAUCCUGCGUCGAUGGGACUCCUUCCCUUUCCCCGUCAAGAUCUGCUGUAUCAAGUUCGUACAGCGAGUCGUCCACGUGCAGACGCAUGGCCCCAUCGCCGACCCUAGACGACCCGACCAGAAUGAGACCUCCUUGGCCAUUGUGCCCCGAAACCAUGCUAUCCUGUCUCUCCCAAAUUUGGAAGCAGAGGCGUCCGGAUUGCUGGACCGACUUUUGUCUGUCUUCCAAGAAGAAUCAAGUGAUCCCCUUCUCGUCAAUGCGACUUUGAACUGCCUGGCCGUCCUCAUUCGAACCCGACCAUCCGUGGGCAAUAAGAUCAUCAACGCGAUCAUGAACUUCUACCCUGCGAGACAAGUGCGCGCUCCCAUAACUCCCUCGGUCCGAGUUGGUGUCAAGUCGAUGGAACGGACCGCCAGAGCGGUGAUGAUCAAUAUACUCAAGAGGAACCCCAACCACCCCCUGGCGGGCAAGAUGCAGCAAUAUAUCGACCGAUUGAUGCAGUCGCGCAUAGAAGUGGCCGACGAAGCCUCGCGGAAGCGCGGUUUGCCUACUGAGCCAACGGACGGGCUAGACAACACUAAACGGGCGAAACUCGAUGCUGAAACGCCAGCCCUGAUCAAGGUUCCGCCGUUGCCACCAGGCCCGAUUAGCUAUUCACAGCUCUUCACGCUCACUGAAGACCGGGAGCUGUCGAACUUCGAUGUGAAGCAGUUGCCUACCGAUAUUGUACUCAAGAUUGUUGUUCCUCUCCUAGGUCGUGUCGACCAGUCGAUGAUGCAGCAGUCCAUUGAGGCGAUACGUAUGCGGUAUCAAACAAUUCAGAAGCAGCAGGCUGCACAGCCUCCGGCAGCCCCAGCGGAGGCAGAAGAUGACGACGACUACGAACCCGAGUACCAGCCCAUGGACAUUCCCGAACCGGCAGCCGAACAAGCGGAAGCCGUAUCCGCUGAAGUGGCCGACCUCCAACCGGACCUAGUAUCUCUAGGCCCUUUCGUUCUACCCCAGCCACCGCCUCUGACGGAAGAUGAGGCCGCAGACAUUGGUCGAAGUGCUGUUGGGAGAGUGUUUGGCAUGUUGACGUCCACCGGAGUUGCCCCUAACCAAGCCAAAGGGAAGAGUCAACAGCAACUAGGCUUUGCUCGCCUAGCUGGAAGCACCUUCGACCGUGAUGCUUGGGUGACCCUGCUCACUAGACUUGCCACUCGGGCCCCAGCUGGUCUGGAACCGGGAAGCGGAAAAGUCGAGAAGGGAAAGGCCCCAAUAUCGGACUCUAUCCGAGAGACCCUCUACCGAUAUAUCCUAGAGGACUUUCGCGGUCGCGUAAACAUUGGCAUCAUGUGGCUUAACGAGGAAUGGUACAACGACCGGAUGCAAAUGGAGUUUACUGCGCAGCAUCGGCGCGAAGAGGAUGAGGAGGUAACAGUUCCGUUACACUACGACCACUGGGUCCUGCGACUCCUGGACGGGUUCCUCCCGUACCUGGACUCUCGGGACACGAAGAUCUUCAUCCGCUUCCUCAGUGAGAUACCCGAGGUGACGAUCCCAAUCACAAAGCGAGUGGCCAGUCUAGCAAAGGAUCCAGAGCGCGUGAACCUAUGCAUUCAAUCUCUACUAUACCUGAUAAUGUUCCGACCCCCCGCACGGGAGAUGUGUCUCAACGCCCUCGAGGACGUCUACGAUACCUACGAAGAAUCCCGUCCCUUGGCCGGUAAAUUACUCGCCAAAUGGCGUCCCAAGAAGACCGAAGAGCAGCAACAGCAACAACAAGAAGGGCAACAAACACCAUCCCAGACUCCUCAAUCUCAGCCUCAGCAGCAGCAGCAGCAAACCACCCUCGCAUCCCGCCCUAUCACAACAUCAGAGUCCAACACUCCCCUCACCAACGGCACGGAUGAAUCCAACCCCACUCCCCCGCCGCCACCACAACAACAACCACAACCAGAUGCCACCCCAACCACCACCUGA